CGCGCUGGAUUCAGUAGUUCUCGGGAAGUCGGACGGAUUGGUCGCAAAAUUGGCAAGCCUCGAAGGCUUCUUCGGAAUAACUCAAUCCAAACGGUGGUGGCUCUACUGAAGUUUUGGGGGUGAUUUUUUGUGUGUCUUGUCUUGUGUGAAACUUUUUGAACAAAAUUGAGCAGUGAUAUUAAUAUCCUGGAAUUUUCUGGUCGAAUUGGAUAGAUUUAGCACAAGGAUAACUGGAAUUGCGUGAUUGCUAGGUGGACUGAAAUAUAAAUAGCGAAUAUUCAUGCGAAACGUGAAAUAAAUCUGUGAAUUCAAAAUCAGGGAGGAAUUACUACUUGACGAAAACUAACAGAAUUUAAUUUCCUGCGUUAUGCUGGUGUCCAAAUAAAGUCAGAAGCCAAAUUGAGUGAAAACUAAUCGAGAACCGAUACCGCAAUCCCGAUAAUACCAAAUAUGGACAGCCGGGAGUUUCGCCGUCGCGGUACCGAAAUGGUCGAGUACAUUUGCAACUAUCUGGAAACGUUGGAGCAGCGCCGGGUAACGCCCAGUGUUGAACCGGGAUAUCUACGGCAUUUGCUGCCUGGUGAGGCUCCCGAGGAACCGGAACCGUGGGAGAAGAUCAUGGAGGACGUCGAGAGUAAAAUCAUGCCCGGCGUGACACACUGGCAGCAUCCACGGUUCCAUGCGUACUUUCCGUCGGGCAAUUCGUUCCCGUCCAUUUUGGGCGAUAUGCUGAGCGACGGGAUCGGAUGCAUCGGGUUCUCGUGGGCUGCCAGUCCGGCCUGUACCGAGCUGGAGACGAUCGUGCUGGAUUGGUUGGGCAAAGCAAUCGGACUGCCGGAUCACUUUCUAGCGCUGAAACCGGGCAGCAAAGGAGGCGGUGUCAUUCAGACAUCUGCUUCGGAAUGCGUCCUGGUGACUAUGUUGGCAGCUCGAGCGCAGGCCAUCAAAUAUCUCAAGCAGCAGCAUCCGUUCGUCGAAGAAGGCCAUCUGCUGUCCAAAUUGAUGGCCUACUGCUCCAAGGAGGCUCACAGCUGCGUGGAGAAGGCUGCUAUGAUCUGUUUCGUAAAGUUAAGGAUUUUGGAGCCGGACGAAAAUUGCUCCCUCCGGGCUGAUACGCUAGUUAAGGCCAUGGAGGAGGACGAACAGCAGGGACUGAUUCCUUUCUACGUGUCCACUACCUUGGGCACUACGGGAUCCUGUGCAUUUGACGAUAUCAACGAAAUAGGGGAGGCUUUGCAGCGAUUUCCAAGCGUUUGGUUGCACGUGGACGCCGCGUACGCCGGAAAUUCGUUCAUCUGUCCGGAGUUGAAGUAUUUGCUGAAGGGAAUCGAUUACGCCGAUUCGUUCAACACAAACCCGAACAAAUGGCUGCUGACGAACUUUGACUGUUCGACGUUGUGGGUUCGCGAUAGGAUUCGAUUAACUUCAGCUUUGGUGGUUGACCCUCUCUACCUGAAGCAUGGAUAUUCGGACUCGGCGAUCGACUAUCGUCACUGGGGUGUACCGUUGAGUCGCCGCUUUAGAUCACUGAAACUAUGGUUCGUACUGCGAAGUUAUGGUAUUACCGGACUUCAGAACUACAUUCGACAUCACAUCGAUCUGGCGAAACGGUUCGAGCGGUUGGUCCUGAAGGACAAUCGCUUCGAGGUGUGCAACGACGUCAAACUUGGACUGGUGUGUUUCCGACUGAAGGGGUCGGAUCGGAUCAACGAGAAGUUGCUGAGUAGUAUCAAUGCAUCUGGGAAAAUUCAUAUGGUGCCGGCUUCGGUUAACGAGCGAUAUGUGAUUCGGUUCUGUGCUACGGCGCAGAAUGCCAUGGUGGAGGAUAUUGAUUACGCUUGGGACGUCAUUACCGACUUUGCAGCGGAGAUCCUCGAGAAGGAGCAAGCCGACGAGGUGACGGAGAUCGUGGAUCGCCGCAAGACCCACACCCUGGCCCAGAAGCGAUCGUUCUUCGUCCGCAUGGUGAGCGAUCCGAAGAUCUACAAUCCGGCCAUCAACAAGGCGCAAACUCCUCGCAUUUCCACGGAAGUCACGUCCCCGUCUGCCGACGGGACGGUCGUAACCGUGCAGUCACCAAAAACUCCCGGAUCUGCUUCCUGGAUCAGUUGGCCUUUGGCAUUCCUGUUUACUAACUCCGAUGAUGGGCCCAAAAAUGAUAUGCCACUGAGAUUCCGACAUCUAGACACCAUGGUACGGCUGUCCGCGUCUCGUCGUAAUUCGGCCACAGGAGGAGCGUCGUCCCCAUCACCGGAAGGCGAAAAUGGUAUUGUUCUAGCAAAAUCUCCUAAACGUUCGCCGAUCAUGGUACGGAGACGAGGCACGUCACCCAGCAAUCAACCCAAUGCCGGAAAUGGAUCAACCAAGUAAUUCACGUCCCAGAAAAGGAAGAAGAUAGCGCAUACUCAUCUACUAAAGUCUAAAUGUGAAUGAUCUCCCCUUCAUCCUUCCUCGAUCGAGGUUGGUGUUGCAGUAGACCCCCGCAUUGGACCUUUUCCCAGCUAAUGGAAUUUCAACCCAAUUAUUCGUCCGAUCAGAGUCUAAUUAUAAGCCGCCAAAAUAGAAGUUGAGGAGCAUUGAGAGGAGGGGCGUGCUGGCGUUCUAAAUUUAGCACAUUGUUGGAAAUAUAUUGCACUAUUUAUGCCAAACAACACCUUCAAUCUCUCUAUCCGUGUUCGCUGGAAAUGUACACAAAACUCACAAAACAGUAAAUAAACAAUGUGUCGUAGAUUGAAAUCGUUGAAUAUCUUUAGAAAAGGGAAA